AUGCUUGGACGUCUUUCAGUCCUUUUCGGGCUUAUAUCUAUUCUUCCUGUGGCAUUUGCGUGGACUAAUCCGAUCCGCAACCCUGGAGGGAGUGACCCCUUCAUUGCGUACUCAGGCGGCUACUACUACCUUCUCACCACCGAAUGGACCGAUGUCCAGAUCUCGCGGUCUACAACGGUCGAGGGUCUGAAAACUGCAACUAGCAAGGUCAUCUACUCAGACACUACGUCUUCUCGAUGCUGUAAUGUCUGGGCGCCGGAGGUGCACUAUCUCGGCGGGAGGUGGUACGUCUACUUUACAGCAGGGAAUGGAGAUAACCUAGAUGGGCAGAGAUUGCACGUUCUCGCAGGUGGCUCGAGUCCUUGGGAUGACUACUCCUACGCAGGCCAACUAACAACCGAAUGGUCAAUCGACGCCUCGAUCCUGCGCUUUAAUGACUGGGGCAUAUUCCUCAUGUACUCGUGCUUCCACGGGGUAUCAUAUCAAUCCAUCUGCCUCCAGCAGCUCGGGUCCGACUACACCUCCCUCACCGGCUCGAUCUCGGUAAUAUCACAACCAACCCUCGGCUUCGAAACGCAUGGCACCCCCGUCAACGAGGGACCCGUCGCUCUGUACUAUAAUGGCGUGACCUACAUCAUCUACUCGGCCUCCUACUGCUGGACCCCAUACUACUGUCUCGGGCAGCUAACGUGGGACGGUGUCACGAACCCAAUGAGCGCGAGCGCAUGGAGCAAGUAUAACGGCUGUGUCUUUUCGAGCGCGAAUGGGAACUACGGUUCCGGGCACAAUUCGUUCUUUCAGAGUCCGGAUGCGUCUCAGACUUGGAUUGCGUAUCACGCGACCAGUAAUAGUGCGGGUGCUUGUGAUGAUAGUCGGUAUACGAUGGUGCAGUUGGUAGGGACGCAUAGUGAUGGCAGCCCUAAUCUGGGGGUGCCUGUGGAUUGGGCGCAUGCUUAUGGUGAGCCGAGUGGGUGA